GGUCCUCUUAACCAGUAUAAGUUGAUUUGUCUGCUUUGAAUCUUCACAUUUUCUCUCUGGUUACCAGUAAGAAGAACGUAAAAAAGAUGAGCGGCAGAGGAAAAGGAGGCAAAGGCCUGGGUAAAGGAGGCGCCAAGCGUCAUCGCAAGGUUCUUCGUGAUAACAUACAAGGCAUCACCAAGCCCGCUAUCAGGCGUCUUGCUCGUCGUGGAGGUGUCAAGCGUAUCUCAGGCCUCAUUUACGAGGAGACCCGUGGCGUGCUGAAGGUGUUCCUGGAAAACGUUAUCCGUGAUGCCGUCACCUACACUGAGCAUGCCAAGAGAAAGACCGUUACUGCCAUGGACGUGGUUUACGCUCUGAAACGCCAAGGUCGUACUCUGUACGGAUUUGGUGGUUAAAGACUCAAGGUUUAUUGCUCAAACUGAAUCAAAAGGCUCUUUUAAGAGCCACCCAAUUCAUCUUUAAAAGUAAUUC